AUGCGAUUGGCCCGGGACCUCUCCUUGGCUUUCUUUCCAUUGUUAUUAACACAAACAUCGGCCUUGCCAAUAUUUUCAAAGCCUUUGGGUACCAUAGGUAAAGCGGCACUCUUCGAUGGUGGAGAUCUAUCAGGAGGGGCUGAUGCCAACAUUUUGACGAAUUCAGCUUAUAAAAAUCGCAACGUUGAAGAUAUUCUAGGAGACUUCUUACUGCAAUGUGCUUAUGAAGUUCUGGACUGCUUUGACAAAAACUACGAUGUGCUUUUCGAGCCGUGGAAUUCCCCAGAAAAUAAGACAAGUGAUACCCUGAGAAGAGAGUUUAAAGUAUGUCAUAAGGAAUUCAACAUAGAGGAUUUCAUGUUUGACUGCAGAACUAAAUACUUCAGACAUUAUAACAAAUUUGAUCGAGAUGAAUUUGAUGAAAUGCUGGCAAACCCAAGGUUAUCACCAAAAUUCUAUGCCAUUAUUCAGAAGAUUGAUCGGAUUUCUUCCAAGACGUUCACUGAAAAAUACAUGGAUAUUGAUCAAUCCGGAGAAUACAAAGAGAAAUACAUGAAGAUCAGCAUCCAAUUUCGCCUUGCUUUUCUUUCUCACUUAUACGGAAAGCUUGAAUGGCCUUUACCUGAAAGAUCGAUCUUUCAAUUGCCUGAGUCGUCCUAUCACCUGGCAAAGAUCAAUAGGCGAAUCGCGCGAGUGGCCUAUUGGCACAUGUACGUCAGACCUGUGCAAGAUUUCCGAUUGAGAAAGACGGCAGAGAAGAAGAUGGAAGAGGAACUAUACAAGCUCACUCCAAAGGCAAUCUUCAAAUAUAGUAUAUGGUGACUUUGCUACAUUGCCUGGAAGAAAAAGGCCACAGCCAUUGAAUUUGAUACAAAUCGAAGAAAUGCAAAAUAGAUGUGUGUCUGUAUCC